UGAACACUUAAUCGUACUCUAAGUCUUGCUUGACCUAUUCCAACAUGAAAUCUCUCUUUGGAAAAUUCAUAGAUAACGUCAAUCGGCAUGACAAUUUCUACGACACUUUAUGGUUAUGUCAUUUCGUCAGUGAUUUAGCCGGAUUAUCCGUAUUGAAGAAGUACAAACCCGGUGAGCUACCGGCCUACAAACCAACUCCGUACGGAUUGAUUUUCACAACUAUGGUCCUCGGGUCAAUAUUGAUACUCAAUUUACUGUGCGACAUUCACCGACUGCAAUCGGGUUCGUUAAUUUUACGGCAUGGGAUGCGAGCCGUUGGAGUGGCCAAUGCAGCCUUGCUACUAUUGUCAACCUUGCGGAAGAUCUACUGCCGAAAAUCGUCGGCCAAAAGCGUCCUCACGAUUCUGGACUUCGAUCGAAAGCUUUUAGAUUUAGGGUAUAAGAUUGAUAUGGCCGCCCAAAAUCGUUGGUUUAAUCGUUACAUCGUGGUGUCAAUGGGUAUUCUCAAGGGAGUUUUGGCGAUAGCUUGCUAUCUGACAUUUGAAUCAGCAAACGGUUCCUGGAUAACAUUUUUGUUGGUCUUCGGAACUGUUAGUGCUACCAAUGUCAUAGUGACAACAAUGUUCGGCCAGAUCAUUACCCUGUCGUAUGCCUUUCAGUAUCGAUUCAAAGCGUUACGGAUAUUUCUGAGUGAACUGAUCCCUAUUCAACCGGAGACGGUCAACCACUUCCGAUCGGUUAAUAUUUCAAAAAACCGCACCGAAAUUUGUGACAAAAUAACUAAAACUGCUAAAUUGUACAACCAGCUGGUGCUGCUCGUUGAUGAUCAUAGUCGGGAUCAGGGUCUUCAGCUGCUGCUUAGUCAUGUUUCCGGGACCGUGUUUACCAUCUUUAGUGCAUUUACGAUGUUCAGAUUCAUCAUUAAUGAGGAUCAGCACAGUUCCCAUCUAGCGGUUAACAAUUUCUGUUGGAGUUUGUACUACAUCUAUUAUAUGACAACCAAUACCAUUUUGAGCAGUUUUAUAACACUAGAAGCUAAAUCAGUAGGAGUCGUUGUUCAUAAAGCCAUAGGUUAUUGUUCAGAUGAUACCAUUUGUAAUCAAUUUUUGUUGCAUGAAAACAAACGAAGUCCGACUGCCUCGCACAAACUGAUCAACAUUUACUCAGUUGUCGCAUUCAAGCACUCGAGUUCUCUGAGUGCCGAAUUUCCUGUCGUCUGA